GACGCUAAAAAGAUAAAAUUGGCUACGUCAAUGAAAAAGUCUGAGGUAUCGCAAUCGAGGACUUUGAACGGAUACAUUUCAUUUACUCACAUUUUGUGUCACAAGACUAUGAAACUGCCAAAUUAGUAAGCAUCUCUGCGUCGCUUUGGGAAUUUAUACAAGAACAAAAUACCUGAUUAUCAAGUUUUCACAGAACGCACACAAGCCAUGAUCUUGUCCUGUAGAACAGAACUUGCCUACAGCAAGGGUGGUAUUUUAUUUAUUCUUUUUAAUUUCAAGGAUUUUUCCCUGCUAUUUAGUGAAGCAGAGGCGAGCGCAAGUCUACCCGACACGAAAAAACGCCACAAGGCAAACCUCCUGUUGCAAAUCAUGCUUAUGUCACAGCCAAGUCACACGUUGCGGCGACGAACUUUUCCAUAAACUAUUUUGCAGAACUUUCUCAUUUCCAUCUCAGUCUCGUCAAAUAUCACGGUACCAAAGUCUUAAAUAUUUUGUCUGUUCGAACGUGCACAUGCAGUGGCGGGAGAUAUAGAUGUAAACACUGAUCUCCAGAAAUUUUGAGCUUCAGAGAACAUGAAUCACAGCCUCGGCUUAUCGGAAAAACAAGCUCUUCUGGUGAAAGACAACGUGCCGAAUGGUCAUUAUGAAAGUCCAGUCAUUCACUAUAAUGGCAGAAGAGUCAGUGUGGUUAGCAAGCCUGUCAUUAAUGGUGCUCUAGACACUACCCCUGCCUCUUACACAAUUAUCCAACGAUCGGAUGGAAAUCAUUUUAGCAAGGGAAUACCCAUUUGGAGAGCAACACUUCUGGUGGUGAAUUCAGCACUUGGUGCUGGGAUUUUGAAUUUUCCUCAAGCGUAUGCACAAUGUGGAGGAAUUUUCACCGCGCUGAUUAUUCAUAUGUGCUUAUUGGUGUUUAUUAUGGGAGCAUUCCUGAUCCUAGCAUACUGCGCUGAAAACCACGGCUCACAUAAUUUUCAAGAGAUAAUUAGAGCAGUCCUGGGACCAAGGGCAUAUGUUGCAACACAAAUAGUGAUAACAUUGUAUAUGUUUGGUUGCACUGUGGCAUAUAUGAUUUUGAUUGGUGAUCAACUUGAGAAAGUUGGGGAGGCUAUUGAAUCUGCUCCUGGCUGGUAUUUACAACGUAAAUUUCUUAUUGGUGUUGCAAGCCUUGUCUUUCUCUUGCCACUUUGCCUACCGAAGACACUGAGAGUCCUCAGCUAUUCGAGUUUUUUUGGAACAUUUGCUGCAUUUUUUGUUAGCAUAGUAACUGUCAUAAAAUACUUUGAAGGACAUCACAGCGGUAGAAAAGACUUUAACCGGAUUGAAGAGCCUUGGACAACCACUUUUUCUUCAGUUCCUAUUAUCUGUUUUGCAUUUCAGUGUCAUGUACAGUCAGUGGCUGUCUAUGCAGAACUAAAAAGGGCAAGUGUGCCCAGAUUUGGCAUUGUUGUGGUCGUAGCAAUGACAAUUUGUUCCAUCCUGUACAUCAUCACCGGGACAUUUGGUUACCUCACAUUUGGCACAAAUGUUGCAAGCGAUGUGCUGAAGAAUUAUCCUCCUAAUGGCAUUUUAGUGAAUACUGCAAGGGUCACAUUAUGUCUCAUAAUUUUACCAUCCUCGGCAGUGGUUGUUUUCUGUGGAAGGAGCUGCUUGGAUGGUUUGUAUGUGGCAGCCUUCAGUGUGCCUACCACUAAAGCAGAAACAGAUGAAAAACGACAAAGAGUCAUCCAAAUACUGGCAUGGAUUGGGUUAUCCCUUAUAAUUUCUAUCUAUAUGCAAGAUGUAUUGUAUGCAAUAACAUUUGUGGGAGGACUGGCAGCCUUGUUCAUUUUCUUUUACCCAGGGAUAUGCCUUGUUCAAGAGAUGCUACAAUAUCCAGUUCUUACCUUGACAAGAAAACUGUUGAUUGUUCUUGGUGCCUGCUAUGUCACUAUUGGAGUGUUCUUAUUUGCAUACUCUGAAGUGUUUUCCAUAAUGGAGGACAUAAAAGGAAAAGUUGGGUCUUAGUCCCACCAGUAAUCUAACCCUUAAUCAAAGACAGUAGUUCACUGGCUGCUUUUUUACUUUUUUCUUUCUGCUUUCACCUUGCAUGUUUUAGGGUGCUACAUCUAAUUCUGGUCCUGGCUGUGUUAUGGCAUAUGGCUCUCAAAGGGGGGAUAUUUUAAAUUAACAAUGCUUUUCAAUAUGAACACGGGUAUAGUAGGGCAAUACAGAUUUUAUGAUAAUGAUGAUUAUACUAGUAUUCGUGAAAUGAUGGGAGAGGACCAUGUUGUCACAAAUACUUUUGGAUAUAAUCAUGGUUUAAAUUCUCAAUCAUUAUUGUAUAAAUACAUUGAAAUCAAAACAAGAGUGAUUACAUGUUACCAUGCGUAGGCUGAAAUGUUAGAGCCUUUUAAAACAUUUUUGCAUCUUUAACAUGGUCUUCUGUUUCAACAAAUUUUAAUCAAAGAAGGCUUUUCUAUGUAAGUAAAACAUUUGACCCUGUCACUCUUGCAUCUCAAAGUGUGUUUUUAUUUAAUAUGUAAUUUCAAAUAAUAUUUUGGAAGGAACCUCUCAAACAGCAAUAAUCACCAUCUUGACUGACUUCUUUAUUACCAUGAGCAGUAAACAAGGACCAAAAUUUUCACUGUAAAACUAUCACAGAAUGGGUGGGCUAUUCAUAAAAAGACAAUGAUCAUAUCAGCUAUAAAAAGUCAUGGAUAUUUUUUUCUUUCCUUUUUUUUUUUGAUGAGAAGCAAUUUAUAUUUAUUCAUUGCUGUUAGAGAGGAAACUAACGAGUUAUUUUUGUUAAGCUAUUGUAGAACAAUAAAAGUAAAUAUCAUUGUUAACCAUACAGAAGCAAAAUAGCUCAUUUCAAAACAAUAGCUGUUAUGAUACCCAUGAGUGAACUUUGGUUGAAGCUGUUAAAUGUAUUAAAUUGUGAUUGUAGAUAAGGAGUUUGAUGAAAUUUAACCCUUUCAAUGCCAAGAUUGACCAACAAUAAAUUUCUCCUUUUCAUCUGUACAAUUCAACAAGAAAGUUGAUAAAAAGUAGAAACAUUUCAAUGAGGGCUUGUCAUUUGAUUUUUCAAAAAAAGAUCAGCUCUGAAAGAUGAUGUGGAAAUCUGGAAAUGAUGUGGAGAAUUGAAAUUAGAUCUUGGAAGUGAAAGGCUGAAUUUGCUCAGAAUUACUUUAACUUUAUAAACUAAUUGCAAAUUUAAGAUGCCAAUCCAAUUUCAUACUUUAAGCUAGUUGGGAGAAAAUGUGUUCAUUUAUAAGGCAGAGUCCCAAAGCAAAGCUGUACUUAUAGUUUUUUACUCAGUUGAUGUCAUUUCUAUGACUGAUAGAAGUAACAAAAAUGGAAAAUUGAGGUAAAUUUGUUGGGGAUGUUGUGGUCUGAGAAAUUUUAGGCUCAAGCAAGCAAGGCAUUUCAGUACCCACGACCUCAACAUCAAAUUUUCAGCUGAUCAAAGGC